AUGAGUGAAAAUCAAUUUUCUACAUUCCAGAUUUUGCAAGUUGUGUCAUCAGUCGUAGCAAGAUACUUGCUAUCUGCAGAAAAAUUUUUGCAAGUUGUAUCAGAUGAACAAGUUACAAGAUAUUUGCAAUCUUAAGAAAAAGUGAAUGAUUUGAUCUACAAGCUAUGUGCUUAAAUAGUGUGUUUUAGCUCAAAUUCUCCCUUUUCAUUAAAUAUUUUACAAAUAUUAUUGUAUGAUACAGCUAGAUAUUAACUAUCCGAUGAAAAAUAUAAUUAUGAAGUGAAAUUAACAAAUGCUUCAAUUGUAGCUUCAAUCUUAUUUAUAAGCUCAAAUCCUCUUUCUGUACUCCAUAUUUUGAAAAAGUUAUUAUCUGCAGUUGCUAGAAGUUUACCAUCAGGGGGAAAAAGCAACUGA